AUGGCCCGCUUUCCUUUCGGCAAGAGGAAAUCAAAGCAUUCUGACCCCGUCGACAACCCGGACUCCUCCUUCGCUUCCACCACCCACUCCUCCGAACCCUCCUACCAACGGCCCAAAUCGGCGAUUCUGCCCCCACAAAACACAAUGCCCGACGUUGACGACAGCUACUACGAGCCGGUGCCCCAAGGUGCUGCUCCUGGCAACGCCAGCACGCCUUGGAAAAGACACAAGUUGUAUGACUCUCCUUUCCCUCGGUACAGACACUCGGUUUCCCAGGUGGCCCUGGAGAAGAACGAAAUCUUCCUUAUGGGCGGCUUGAAAGAGGGUUCUGUUUUUGGCGAUACCUGGAAGAUUGUGCCCCACGCUGCCGGCACCACUAUCAGCCAGUUCACUGCUUCUCACAUUGAGGUGGCGAACAAGAACAACCCACCUGCCAGAGUGGGCCAUGCCUCGGUGCUCUGUGGCAAUGCCUACAUUAUCUACGGUGGUGACACCGUCGACACGGAUUACCACGGCUGCCCCGACGACAACUUCUACAUGUUCAACAUCAACAACCAGAAGUACACCAUCCCGCUGCACAUUUUGAACAAGCCCCGGGGCCGCUACGGCCACUCGUUGGGCGUGGUUUCCGUGUCGCCAACCUCCAGCAGAUUGUACCUUUUUGGCGGUCAAUUGGAGCACGAUGUGUUCAGCGAGUUGUACUACUUUGAGUUGACCGACUUCAAGCUGCCCAAGGCCCGCUGGGAGCUUGUGGAGCCUCUCAACUCUUUUAGCCCUCCUCCGUUGACCAACCACUCCAUGUGCGUCCACAAGACCAAGAUUUACGUGUUUGGUGGUGUCUACAACAACGAGAAGGUGUCCAACGACUUGUGGUGCUACGACACCUUGAUCAACAAGUGGCUGCAGGUUGACACCACAGGCUCUAUACCCUUGCCUGUGAACGAGCACCUGGCGGUGAUUGCCAACGACCACAUGUACAUUUACGGUGGUAACGAUUUCGCAGGCAUCAUCUACGACUCUUUGUAUGCGCUUGACUUGCACACCUUCAAGUGGAGCCGCUUGAACAAGGAGUUCAGCGCCAACGGUCCUGGUCCUCGUUGUGGCCACUCCGUCACUUUCUUGCCUAAACUCAACAAGCUUGUGAUUAUGGGCGGCGACAAGAACGACUUCAUUGACCCAGACACUUAUGAGACCCACGAGCAGCUUGACGGCACUGAAACCGGCACCAUGAUCUACGAAUUGGAUCUUGGAAUCGCCGACCACUACUUGAAGGGCGGCGUGGGCCCCAAGAAGGUUGCUGCUUCGGCCAUUGGUACCGGAUACGGCAGAAGAACCACUUCUCCAGGACCCGACGAUGGCCGUCACCGCAGAAGUUUCAGUGCCGGUCCCGAGGACUUCCGUACUCCUACCGCCUCUGUGGAGCGUAUCCCUCGUUCUCUUGACCCCAAGCUGACCAACGAGUUUGAGCAUGAGACUUUCACUCCUCAGAGACAGCCAUCCAAUGCUGGUGGUGACUUUGUCGAUGUGGACAUUCCAUCUUCUGCCAUUUCGCAGAACGAGGAUGGUUCUGAGUUUGCCAGAGAGAAGUACCUCGCUGAAAUUGAAAGCCCUGCCAAGAACGGUGCUGACGACUCUGUGGUUAGCGACACUACUCCAUACGACCAAUUGAGAACUGAGCACAACGAGACACCAAUCUUGUCGAAGGACUUUGCUCGUGAGGUCGGCAUUGACGAUGAAGGAGAGGCUCCUCUUGCUACCCGUGGUGUUGACACUCCUCCAACCAAUGGUCGUGGUGUUGCUUCUCCAGCUGUGGCUGCUCCAGUGGCCUCUGCUCAUGACGAUUCCCGUACAAAGCAGAUUAUUGCUGAGCUCAACGACGAGAUUGCGCUGUUGAAGCAAUCUCACAGGCACGAGCAGGCUGCCACCUCCGAGAGAUUGAGAUCUUUGGAAGAGGAACACAAUAGACUCAAGGACACUCACGAAAGAUCGCUCACCGAGAAGGACAAUAUGAUUGACGAGCUCAGGAGAUCCAUUGACCCUGCUGACUUGGAGAUUAGUGAAGGCGCCGACGGUGACAAUGUCAGCCAGGCCACUUCCAGAAGAGGCUUCACCGAGUUGACCAAAUACAAAUUAGACCGUUUGGAGUUGAGAAACAGAUUGGUGUUCUUGGAGAACGAAAAUGCCGAGUACAAGGCCAGAUUCGAACGCUUCGAACCCUUCAUGGAGAACCAGAUUGGCGAGUUGAGCUCGUUGCAGAAGGUCAUUGAGGGCCAGGAGAACAAGAUCGCCACGUUGACUAGCCAAAUCCGUUCGGAAGAGAUUUUGCACAAGGAGAUCGCCGACUGGAAGCACAAGUACGAAGAGUUGAAGAUUGAGCACGAGAACUUCAAGGCUGUCAACACUGGUAUCGACGACGAUGAAGCUGAAGACCGUGAACUUGACGAAUCCUCAGCUGGUCUUCCAAGAUCCUCCGCUAAGCUUUCCGCCCACUUGGCUAACUUGACGUCUUUGUGGCAGGCUACCAAGCGUCAAGACGCCGACGCCCGCUCCAUUACCAGCGAAGACAAUGCCACGAUAUCCAAGUUGCAGAAGCAAAUUGACGAAUUGAUGGUCACCUCCAAGACUCAGCACCAGGGCUCCUCUGACGAAGUGAAGGCCUUGGAAGAAGAGUUGAACAACAAGUUGCAGUCUUUGCGUUCGUUCGAAGAGAACUACCGUGACGCCUUGCAGUCGGUCAACAACACCAGUAAGGCCCUUCAACUGUCUCACGACGAAUUGAGAAACCAGAAAUUGACCAUCGAGAGAUUGGUUAAGGAAAACAAUGAGUUGAAGUUGUACAAGAAGGCAAACAAGAGAACCUCCACAAAGUCGCCAAUGGACUCCAACGGUCCUUCGCCUGCUCCUGGAUCUCCAGCUGUGGAUGACCAUGAGCCAGCUUCUGGUGAUGAGGAAGAUGAAGGUGGAUUCACCAAGGCCCACUACACCAUGAAGCUCAAAGACUUGGAGGCCGACUUGUACAUUUUAAAACAGGAGAAGGAGCAGUUGAACGACACUGUUGCCUCGUUGAAGAAGGAGUUGUAUUUGGCCACCAACUCAUCUUAA